AUGUUCAACCUCCAGGGGAUGAUGGUGAUCUGGGCCAUCCUGUCAUUAUGCUUAACUCUCGCCCAUGGCAUGCGAGACAGCCGGGUCCACGAACUCAGGCAAGAAACAGAGCGCAUGUUCUUCCAUGGCUUCGAGAGCUACCUCCACUACGCGUUCCCCGAAGAUGAACUGCGCGCACUCACCUGCGGCCCCCUCGUGCGCGACGACAAAAACCCGGAGAACAACGAUGUGCUCGGGAAUUACUCUUUGACUUUGAUUGAUAGUCUGUCGACGCUGGCGAUCAUAUCUUCAAGUCCGGAUAGUGGCGAGCGGGCUCUGGCACAUUUCCAGAAUGGUAUUGAGGAUUUCGUCAGGCUUUAUGGAGAUGGAUCGGAUGGCCCUGCUGGUCAGGGUGAGAGGUCCAGGGGCUUCGAUUUGGACAGCAAGGUACAGCUCUUUGAGACUGUGAUCCGCGGACUUGGUGGACUGCUUAGUGCCCAUCUGUUCGCAGUUGGCGAGCUCCCUAUCGCCGGUUAUGAGCCUCCAGAGCAUGAAGCUGCCUUUGCGGGCGCUUGGGACAAGAGUUCUUUUGGAAAGGGCGAUCAUGGAAUUCCAUGGAGUAGCGGCUUUGUUUAUGAUGGCCAGCUACUCCGAUUGGCCGUAGACCUGGCCCAUCGCUUGCUUCCUGCUUUCUAUACGGAGACCGGUCUUCCAUACCCUCGUGUGAAUCUGCGUCAUGGUAUCCCCUUCUAUGAAAAUGCGCCUUUGAAUCCCAAUUCUGGAAGGCGAGGGGAGAAGCGUAACGCCAAAUCCUCCGCGGAAACCGACCCCGCGGAGACUUGCAGCGCUGGUGCAGGCAGCUUGGUCCUCGAGCUCACCGUUCUCAGUCGACUUACUGGGGAUGGGAGGUAUGAGGAAUUGGGCAAGAGAGCAUUCUGGGCAGUGUGGGACCGCCGAAGUGACAUUGGACUGCUUGGAUUCGGCAUCAAUGUAGAGUCUGGCAAUUGGGUGGGACCAUGGACUGGGAUUGGCGCCGGGAUCGACAGCUUCUACGAAUAUGCUGUCAAGGUCCCGAUUCUCCUCUCUAUGGGAGAGCCCGUUCCAUCUGAUCCUCAAAGCCCCUGGGCGGCGAUGGACUCGUACUAUGCGGAAUCCCCCUUGACAGACUAUCAGCACACAUCGGAGGCUUUCCGAGAGGCUUGGGAAGAAUCGCACGCUGCGAUCAAUCGUCAUCUGCUCCGCGGAGAGGGAUAUCAACAUCCCCAUCUCAUUGUCGGUGACGUGACGACUGGUGCCACGCGAGCUUUCUGGAUUGAUAGCUUAAGCACUUUCUAUCCAGGUGUACUUACGCUUGAUGGAAAGGUCGAGGAAGCGAUCCAGAUUCAUCUGUUACCUACCGCCAUCUGGACACGCUACUCAGGUAUCCCUGAGCGCUGGAAUGUGGCCACCGGCGAUAUUGACAACGGUAUGCCUUGGUACGGAGGUCGCCCCGAGUUCAUUGAGUCCAAUUACUAUAUCUACCGGGCAACCCAAGACCCGUGGUAUUUGCACGUCGGAGAAAUGGUGCUCAGCGAUCUCAAGCGACGAUGCUGGACCAAGUGCGGCUGGGCUGGUAUCAGAAACGUCUUGACUGGGGAACUUAUCGACCGAAUGGAGAGCUUCUUCACUGGAGAAACUGCCAAAUAUCUCUACCUUUUGUUUGAUCAAGAUCACCCACUGAACAAGAUUGACGCUCCUUGGGUUUUCAAUACUGAAGGCCAUCCUCUCAUCAUCCCGAGCAAGAAGUCUCCACCACCACGCAAGCAGCGUUCGCCGCCACAGGAUCAGCGGAUCCCGCCGGGGGUGUGCCAAAUCACACCUCCGCUCUUCUUCGGUGUCUCAUCUACUGCAUCCCGCUCAGACAUCUUCCAUGCUGCCACAUUGGCACGAUUGGAGCUGAUGCCCGAUCGCAAUGCAGCCAAGGGCCCUGUUCUCCAAGACUCGCCCGAACAUCAAAGUGUCUACGUGGCCGAUCUUUCAUCUCCGACCAACUACACUUUCUACCCUUGGACAUUACCUCCCCAGCUGGUUCCCUACAACGCCACCAGCGCCCCAAUGGCCGUUCGGCCCACGCUAGACAUCUCUUUCCCCUCCCUCCCAGGCGGUGUCAACCUGGGUCCAGGGGCGUUGGAGCGAGUUCGAGACGGCAUUCUCGUCAAAACAAUCGGAGGGCUUCGUCUCAGCAUGGUACAAGACGUGCGGUUGGAAGAUCCCACUCCCACGACCGGAGAAGAGGAUGGGUAUCGGGUGCAAGUGAUCAACAAUGUGCCGCUGGGCAAAGAUGAGAAGGUAUAUCUCUCUAGGCAGAUCACCUUUGAUGUUGUCGAUCCGUAUGAUCCGAACUUCACCCGUGUUCGCGACAAUACCAUGCUUGACCUCGUCAUUGACGUUCUCCCAGAGCCCUCUCGCCGACGUAAUGCUUCGUCUCCUCCGCGAGAUGAACAGUCUCAGGCAGACCAUCCGCAGCCGCCAAACCCCAACAAGUCUGCCUCUUCCGUCGACCCCGCCAUCGACUCCCCAGACUCAACUGUAAGAGCCAUGCUCUCGUCUCUGGUCAACUCGGUAUCGUCUCUUCUCCGCGAUGAGCCAGCAGAACCCGCCCCACUGCGUCUGAGUCUCCCCGCUGCCAUCUCCACCGGCGUGGGUUCCGCCAUGCUACCCGACAUCGAAGACGCCACCACAAUGUCCUUAUUUGGCAGCCAAUCGACCAAACCUCUCGCCUGGUCCAAUAUAUACUUUGCCGGCGAUCUCUGCGACGAGCGCAUAUCUCGCGAGAUCGCCCAGCAUCACGAAGUGCUUGUAAUCAAACGUGGCGGCUGUACCUUUUCGGAGAAACUUCGCAAUAUCCCCGCAUACCGACCCAUACGCAAUGCUUUGAAGUUGAUUGUCGUUGUCUCAUAUGAAGAUGUGUCUGAACAACAGGAAACAGGCGGCACUAUGGCUUCACUCGCAGCUGCCCGCGCUGAGUCUACACUUAUCCGUCCUCAUCUUGAAGAGGCCCAGAUGACCCCCAGUGGAAUUCCACGCAACUAUCUCAUCAGUAUGGUGAUGGUUGGCGGUGGUGACGAGACAUAUCAGCUCCUGCGGCAUGCAAGCGGCCUUGGAGUCAAGAGACGAUAUACGAUGCGGUCGCGUGGUGUUCCCAUCACGAACUUACAUAUUGUUUGA